GCAUUGCUCUUCCAACAUGGCGUCCCGCGUAGCCGCUUGACUCCUGUCAACAAGAGCAGGGUAAACGGACUGUGUAGCGAGGUUGACAACAGUAUUAGAGACAGGAGGAUGAAACAGUUGCUGUCGGUAUUAAAGCGAGUCCAGAGAGCAGCUGUUAGCAGCAGCCACCGCCGCCGCCUGAGCUCCUGUGCCCGCAGCGGCCUCUCUCCCUGCGGCGAUCACGCUCUGAUCGUCGGGUCAAGCCGGGAGCUGGUGCAGAGACUGGGCUCACAGGUGGAGGUGAGGACGGGCUUCAUCACUGAGGAGGAGGAAGGGGCUCUUCUGAGAGAGCUGGAGCCAGGCCUGAAGAAAAAACGCUACGAAUUCGACCACUGGGACGAUGCUAUUCACGGGUACCGAGAGACUGAGCGUGUGACGUGGGGAGUGGCGUGUGAGGAGGUCCUGAGUCGUGUCCGAUCUGUAGCGUUUCCUGAGGGUGGUCCACUCCUCGGGCCUGUACACGUUCUAGAUCUGGACAAGACUGGCUACAUCAAGCCGCACAUUGACAGCGUCAAGUUCUGUGGUAGCACCAUUGCUGGGUUGAACCUUCUGUCAGACAGUAUCAUGCGCUUGGUGAAGGAGGACGCCGCCAACGAAUGGCUGGACCUGCUGCUGCCCCGCCGCUCCCUCUACAUACUGAGGGACCAGGCCAGAUUCAACUUCACUCACGAGAUCCUGAAAGAUGAGGAGUCUGUGUUCAACGGACAGAGGGUUCCUCGGUUGCGUCGUAUCUCCGUCAUCUGUCGGAACCUUCCAGGCUAACAACCACAUCAGCUGUUUUUGGUUAAUAUAUUGUUAUAAUACAAAUCCACAGGGUAGCGUCCAGGACAUUUAUUGUAGUUGAGACACUCAACUAUACAUAUAUGUAUACUGUGCUAUUGAUAAAUAUCGAUUGGGUUGUACUUAAAUGAUCUGUUUGUCUGUGUCCAUAUUUUCAAGGAACACAAUCAACUGAAUGAGCCCAUUAUUAUGAGUCUGAUUUAAAUAAACCUUCCACUGCAA